GAGCGAGCUCGUGGCCGGGAAAACCCAUGCGCUGGUCGCCGGGAAAGAAAAAGCCUCUGCAGUCUGCAUCAGUGCAGCCGCCCAGACAUGCCCAGCCAUCGUGCGGGGCGCUCCGUUUUUAGUCUCCCUUCGCCGAAACCGCACCGCGCCUCCGGUCCGGUCGCCCCCCUCCUCUCACGCCGGUAGCCCGGUCCGCGCCACGCCUUCCGGACUCCCACUCGCCCUAGGCCACUACCCUCCGCUUCCCGCCGCCGCCCCGCAUCACGCGCCACGGGCGAGGCGGCAACAGCGGCCACCCGCCAUCCCUUUCCUUCUCGAACUCCUCCUCCUUCUCCUCCCCCCUGCUGCGCUCCAUAAAUGGCCGCGCCGUGACAGCGGCAGCGCCCCGCCCUUCGCCGCUCCCCGCUCCAGAAACCCAGGAAGCCCACCGGAUUCGUGGCCAUUGUCUCUGUAUACUCUAUACGCGAGCCAAGAACCGAGAAACACAGGAGGGGGCGCCGCGAGAUGCAGAGCAUGGCGGCGUCGUGCUCCUCAUCCUCUAGAGCCUGGGCCGCGGCGCGACGCUCGUACCCGGCCCCCGCCCUGCCUCCCUCGAGCCACGUCGCGUUCUCUUCCUCCCCGCCUUCUACUCACGGCUGCCGCUGGCCGGUCGCCGGCUCCGGCGGGCCGGCGCUCCCGCUCGGCAUUCGCGGAGGCCUGCGGCCGCUGCCGUCUCCCCUGCUCCCGGCGGGCGUCGGCAGGGCCGGCGCCGCGGCGAGGACGCGGACGGCGGCGGCGGCAGCGGCGUCGCUGCCGGCGGAGGACGGGGGAGGUAAACCAGAGGGCGCCGCCGGCAUUUCGCGGACUUUGCAGCUCGGGGCCAUGAUCCUCGUAUGGUACAUGCUCAACAUCUACUUCAACAUCUACAACAAGCUGGUUCUCAAAGCCGUUCCCUUUCCGUACACCAUCACCACCUUCCAGUUCGCAUCAGGAUCCUUCUUCAUCACACUCAUGUGGCUGCUGAAUCUGCAUCCCAAACCAAGGCUCUCCCUUAAACAGUAUGCAAAGAUCCUGCCUCUUGCUUUAAUCCACAUGCUGGGAAAUGUUUUCACCAAUUUGAGUUUGGGCAAGGUGGCUGUCUCCUUCACGCACACCAUCAAGGCCAUGGAGCCCUUCUUCUCUGUCCUUCUCUCUGUCCUGUUUCUUGGAGAGACACCUUCUUUAUUGGUGUUGGGUUCGCUCGUCCCUAUUGUUGGUGGAGUUUUAUUGGCAUCCAUGACUGAAGUUUCUUUCAACUGGAUUGGAUUUUGGAGCGCCAUGGCUUCAAAUCUUACCAACCAAUCACGGAAUGUUUUCAGCAAGAAACUUCUCGCUGACAAAGAGGACAAUUUGGAUGAUAUAAACCUCUUCUCGAUAAUGACUAUCAUGGCAUUCUUGUUGUCUGCUCCACUAAUGCUAUCUGUAGAAGGCAUCAAGUUUAGUCCAUCGUACCUGCAGAGUGCUGGUGUUAAUGUAAAAGAACUAUGUGUGAAAGCAGCACUUGCUGGCACAUGUUUCCAUUUUUACCAACAGGUUUCGUACAGUUUAUUGGCUAGAGUAUCUCCUGUGACCCAUUCAGUUACGAACUCUCUCAAACGUGUGGUGGUUAUCGUGUCAACCGUUCUCUUCUUCAGAACUCCAAUUUCACCUAUAAAUGCCUUAGGAACUGGGGUUGCUCUUGCUGGAGUUUUCCUGUACUCUCAAUUCAAAAAGGCAAAACCGAAGGCUAAGGCUGCAUAAAUACAACCACCUGAUGAGGUAACAAACUAUAGAAGGGUCAAGAAUUUGGGAACUGUCAACUGAUGUGGUGAAAUGGACUCGCCUUCAUAAUACCAAACAUGAAACACCUGUCGCCUCCCCAAUUUUGUCUUAACCAUAUUCUCUGGUCAGCUUCUUUGGCUGUGGGAAGCUUGUACAUAAGGGUCAAGGUGUGGUGGGACAACACCAAAAUAGCAUUGUCAGGUAGUUUUCAAGAGAGUACGAAUUUUGGCACAUAGUUCCAGAUGUCUCAAUUAGUGGUAGACUAAUACUCUUUAAUGUGGGUGAGAUUUACCUGUCUCUUUGCUCUUCAAGUCAAUGAGUCGAAAAUUGGCAGAAUGGUCACAGUAGAUUGGCUUCCCAUCAAAACAUAGUUAAGUUUUCUCUUUCUAAUUAUAUUUUCUAUUCAUAUAUUACAAUUAUUCA